AUGCUACUCCUCAGGGGUCUUCUCUUUCUCCUCUUUGUGACGGCUGGACGGACAGAGGACCAAACCGGGUCGGGCAAAGACGUCGGGCGUAUGUGUGCACACCCCGGAAUUCCAGGCAGCCCGGGGCACAACGGAAUGCCGGGUCGCGACGGCCGGGAUGGAGCCAAAGGCGAGAAAGGAGAUCGAGGUGAAAUCGGGACGUGUGGAGAUGCAGGAAAAGCGGGUCCAAAAGGUGAUAGAGGAGAACCAGGUGAACAAGGUGCUGCAGGUGUGAAGGGAAGACGUGGGGAGAACGGGGAACGAGGGCCACCUGGUAAAAUGGGUCCCCAAGGCUUCCCGGGUCCUCUCGGGUUAAAAGGUCAAAAGGGAGAGGUGGGUGAGCAAGGGCCACAGGGCCCCAAAGGAGAUCUGGGCCCAGAGGGUCCACAAGGACCUCAGGGUUUGAUCGGACAUCCUGGGGAAAAAGGGAUCCAGGGUCCUAUGGGCCCCCCAGGUCGUCCGGGCUCCAAGGGUGACCUUGGCCCCCCUGGUCAAAGGGGGAGCAUCGGCGUCCGCGGCGACAAAGGGUCAAAGGGCAACGUCGGCGAGAGCGGCCCGAAGGGAGACACGCCGGAGGUGCCCAAGAGCGCCUUCUCGGCCGGCCUGACGGAGCACACGAAGCUGCCGUCCGCCAACGCGCCGAUCCAGUUCGACAAAGUCAUCUACAACCGGCAGGGGCACUACGACCCCGCCAGCGGCAGGUUCACCUGCGCCAUCCCCGGGGCUUACUACUUCACGUACCACAUCACCGUGUUCUCCCGCAACGUCAAAGUGGCCCUGAUGAAGAACGGCCAAAAAGUGAUCCACACGAUGGACAACUACCAGACCAGCGAGGACCAGGCGGCAGGGGGGACGGUGCUGGAACUGGACGCAGGUGACAAGGUGUGGCUGCAGGUGGCCGGGGGUCAUCUCUUCAACGGACUGUACGCGGAUGAGGAUGACGACACGGUCUUCUCCGGGUUUUUACUUCCUCUGGACUCUGAUUGGGUCUUAUCGCUGUGGUCGCCUUGUGGCCAAACCGCAGAACGUAACUGGUUCUGUUUCUCCGCCCCUAAACGCAAUCGCCGCAACAAGUGCAUUGAUGCCAUCCAAUAA